GAGGAGCAGGUGGGGGGCCUCCACCUGCUGAAUGAACCCUGUCAGCGUCGGGCAGUACCAUGGGCUACGGGUGGGCUCAAGCCUGCUUAGCAUUGUGGCGGGCUGCAUCAUCAUUGGGGUGUCCAGGGAGUGUGAUGCUGAUGCUGUAGGGGGGAUCUUCCUGGGAGCGGGAGGCCUCGGCCUGCUCAUAUCGAUCUACCCCUUUAUAAAAGCUUGGCUGAACAUCAACCACAUUCUUCCAUCCUUUGGAAACUUCAGAGUGCACCCCACACCUGCCAAUCCUGCUCCUGAUCAACCUGUAGAGACUCUAAGAAGAGAAGGGACUCAGAAUCAACUGCAUCUGGAGCGUUCUAAGAGUCGAAUGGGAACCUUUGUGGAGGGCGGAACGAUGGCUGAGACCAACCCAGAUGAGGGGACAUCUUCAGACAUGCCAGACGUCUUAUCAAGACGGAAUCUUAAGCAGCCACCUUCUGAUCAAGAUCUACCAUGAUGUCAUCCUGUGACCUCACUGACUAAUAUUAUUCAACUUCCUGCUAAAUCU